CUCUUGCUUCCGCUAAGCAUCCACCUUCCUCACAUCAACCAUUCACGACUUCUCUUAACACGUCCAUAUCUUGAUACCUUUGUUUUGCGAUGGCGUUACGGCUCGAAUCUGAACGGCGGUGAACAAGUGGAAGCUGUGCAUAGCUUCCUAGCGUCACAUGCAUGCGAAGUCACACGCACACACACAUAUACGACCAGAUUCAUACAUGUUCCAUAA